GAAUCUUUUUUCUCCCCUUCAACCUUUUCCUCCAAGGAAAACUCAACCACCUCAAGACAACGAAGUCGCAUAACAAAAGCUAUCAAGAAAAGUUACCAAUUAGAACAUAUCAAACUUCGUCGAGAUAAUGCCUUCGGCCGUCGCUGAGCUGUAAAUACCCACUGAGGGACACGUUUGGCCAUCCCAGGCGUGUCCCUCAGUCCAACAGUUCACCGAGAUAUUCAAUCCAAAUUCGACCCUCGACGAAGUUAUACAGGCUUUCACUGUCUUGUGUGCCCUUUCCUGCCAAAGGGUGCUAACCGGAAGCCUGAAUACCUCCAUUAGAAUUACUGCGCAUUUCGCCCAUUGAUUGCGGGCCUUUACAACUUCCAUCUGGUGUCGACGAGAUUUUCUCAUCUUCAUCCACCCACCAAUUAUCCCAUACCCCGUCCUACACGCUAUUGCGACAACAUACCCUGGGUCAACCCCUCAAAAGGGAGAAUACUUUGACCCGAGAAUACGGCUUCAGAUUCUAUAUUUCCGAAGAGCCACAUUUGUAUCGGUGAUCUUCGAAUAUAGUCGGGCUUCACCGCCGUUUGCCUCGAUCCCCUCAGCCCCGAGUCCGGGGGUGGAUCCCUUGUUGACCCCUGCAUAUCUCACAUAUCCCAUACCAUUAGCACGUACAUGUCACGAUGUCACGGAACGUGCGCCAACAGAGGUUACCGACUACCCCAGUCAAGGCCGCCAAGCGUCGGGGCUCCGACGCUUCAUCGUCGCUUGACCUAUCCGACGAGAGCGGCUAUUCCGGGGUAGAAGACAUCAGCGAUUCCGAAGACGACGAUGAGGAGGAUGUAGUCGCGGCCGAGGAGGAGCAUAUUGUUUCCGACGAACUGCAGCAGACUAUCCGCAGUUCUGUCUCCCCCCGGCCGCAUGGUAAUAGGGACGAACAGGAUGAUGAUGACGACGAUAACGAUAAUGACGACGACGACGAUGACGAAGAGGAUCACUAUGAAGGUGAUGAUGACGACGCGGACGAGAAUGCCAGCUGGGAUGGUAUUUCGUCUGACGCAGAUGCUGAUGAUGACUUGACUAUUGAUCAGGGAUACACGAGCACGGAACGCCGUGUUCGCUUUGACAUCCCUGACGACUCAUCAGACGGAGAUUCAACCGAAACUGAUGAGGAUGUAGACCAUGGCUUCUUCCCCGAUCUCUUCGUUGAUAAAAGCAUUCUAGACCCAUCUUUCCGUCGAGAGAUCGAACAUGAUCCCGACCCCUAUGACUCAUCUAACUCGGAAGCAUUCUGGGACCACUACGGCAACGAUACAGACUGGAUGGGAAACAGCAUCGACGGCGGAACCUCUGAUUAUGAAGCUUUUCUUAGAGAAAUAGGUGAGGACGACAGCACACCAGUCGCUACACCUAUGACAAGCCACGACCUAUCAACUGCUAUCAACACGCCAGUCGACUCUUCCGACAAUGACGAAGUUUCCCUUGAUGGAUAUCAGACUGAUGGGGAUACCACCGAUGAAGAAGAUCCACCUGAGAAACCUGUUCGACGUAAGAGUCGGCGGGAAGCUGCGGAUGAUUCCUCCGAUUCGGAUGUUGUGACACUUAUCCGGCCUCGCCGUGGCCAGCCACGUGUCGGGCGAUUUGACCUCGACAAAUCUAGCAAGAAACCAAUUGCGAUCUUAAAUCCCAGAACCGGCAAAAUGAUGAUAUUCACUCAUCAGUGUAUGAGAGGUAGAGGUUUUGAUCUCUCCCCAGAGCAGUUCAAUUUCCAGUAUUUCGAACAGACCCAGUCAUCUCCUAUCCUCAGCAACCCCGGCAGUAUCAUGAUGAGCGGCAUGAUAUCAUCUAGCACAUAUGGGGACUUUAUGAAUUCCCAUGCCAUCGGCCCUGCCGAGGCUUGGUACGUCCAGGCAUCCGACGGUAAUGUGGUUGAGACUUCUGAAUCCGACGACCAAGUCGUUGAUGACGCAGAGAAAAGUCUCAAGCUGGAAGAUUUCAUCACCCUAGAUGAUGACGACGAUGACGAUGAAGACUCGUCGGAAGCAGAGAAAGUGCUCGAGCAUGACGAAGUGGACGAUCAAAUAUUUUAUACGCCGGGCCGCACUCCCGGCCGUCCCAGCACCGCGAAUAGUGAUGUGACAGACCUUCUCAACCACUUCAAUCACAAUGCCAACAUCGUCGGUGCAUUCCGUCGAGACCAAGUGAAUCAUCAGUUGAUCAGCCGUAGCAAAGCUACCCGAGAAUCGCUUGCGUUCUCCGGCCCCUAUUUCGAAGGCACUCUUCGUGGCAUCAAGGAUGGGCGUAUUGCUACCACCAACGUCCCUAUUUCUCCCAUGCGAAAACAGAAGAUGCCCGAGCUCGCUAGUAGCCCCCUCGCGACUAUUUCGCAGAAGAGGAAAUCAUCGUCGGAGCACCAUUUGGGUCAUAAGCGGCAAAGGAGCAUUCCAGACGUGGAUAUCCUCAGAAUUUAACCCUUUGCACCUCUACCCCUCGCCCGACUCCUUACCAAAGACGCCGAUGGACGGUGUGGCCUAUUCCCAUAGACCAUUCCCUGGCCAUUAACCAUAUCAAUACUACACAAAAUUCAGCCUAUUUCAUAUCACAACUCCCUUUGUUAUUCCCUUUUCUCCAACUAAGUACCUGCACCCACACGCUUAUCGGACGGAUCUUGGUUUUCUCGCCUCUUCAUUAGCGGUUCAACAAGAUAGGCGUGGUCAGGCCCACCCAUGACCAUGUCUUUUGAAGAUCUGAUAGAAAUUUCAGUUUCUUGAAGGUACUAGAACAACCAGGCAUUUCGGAAACCGACAGCUGGGAUUUAUCGUCAAUUUCCUUCGAUCCCCUUUUCCAGUAGCAAUCGAGCAGAUAAUUCGGUAUGCUGAAUACCAACCCCUGACACAUUCAACCAGCAUUGGACGGAAUUGGAGCAUGAUGUCCAGCUGUGGACUGGUUGUCAGGAUAUUUGCAAGGUACAAUCUGUGUUUGUAAUCAUACCGAAAUGUAUGGCUACAUUCACGUCAUUUCUUCUCCCUUAAAUAAAGAGAAGAUACCAUGCAGUCGCAUAAUUUCAUAGCAAACUCAAUAAAAGCCUUUCUCACA